AUGAUCAUGUCACCAUUAGAAGAUGCCUUAUAUUUCCAAGCUGGAAUCAGACUCACAGCCAACACAUUCCUACUUUUCUUCCAUAUCUUCACAUUCAUUCUGGAGCACAGGCCACAGUUCAACAACCUCAUCACCUGUCACUUGGCUUUUAUUCAUGUCAUCUUACUUCUCAUCACUGUGUUCUUGGUGUCCCCAUACCUAUUUGAGUCUCUACAUUUUCAGAAUGACUUCAAGUGUAGAGCAUUCUUCUACCUGAACAGAGCGAUGAGGGGCCUCUCCAUCUGCACCACCUGCCUCCUGAGUAUGUUCCAGGCCAUCACCAUCACCCUCAGCACCUCCUGCUUGGUGAGGUUUAAACAGAAAUUUACAAAUAAUAUUAUUCAUUUUUUUCUCUUCCUAUGGUUCCUCAACUGGUCUUUGAGUAGUAACCUGAUCUUCUUCACUGUGGCUUCUUCCAGUGUGACCCUGACUAAUGUGACAACUGUUAGUAAGUACUGCUCACUUUCCUCCGUAAGCUACAUCAUCAGCAACCUGUCUUCUGUACUGCUGAUAUUCGCAAAUGUCUUCUUUGUAGGAACCAUGCUGCUCUCAAGGACAUACAUGGUAAUUGUAUUGUGCAGGCAUCAGAAACACUCCCAGCACCUUCACAGAAUCAGCCUUUCCUCAAAAGACUCCCCAGAGAAAAGGGCCACCCAGACCAUCCUACUGUUGGUGAGCUUCUUUGUGGCCAUGUACUGGGUGGACUUGAGCGUCUCAUCCUCUUCAAGCCUGCUAAGCAGAUAUGACCCAGUUGUUCUGAGUGUCCAGAGUGGGCAAUGUCUAUGCCACUGUCAGUCCAUUAGUGCUCCUCAGCUCUAA